UCACUCAGUCUUCAGCUGCAGCCUGGCCUACAUCAGGACUUGGCUUCACUCCAGCAGCUGCAGCUGGUAUCACUCAAUCAUUAAGAUCAACCACUCUAGCUACUAUUGAUGAAGAUUUUGAAGACUCUCCUCUUACUAAAGCUGAAGCAUCACUUUUCACGAAGAUACUGCGGAAGAAACUCGUUGAUAUUUAUAGUGAAGUCCAUGUUGUCCAAAAUGAUCCAUCUUCUCCUCUUUACUCAGCAACAACAUUUGAGGAGCUAAACCUGCACCCUAACCUCUUGAAAGGUAUUUAUAGUAUGAAAUUCAGCAAGCCAUCAAAGAUACAAGAAAAGGCUUUACCACUUCUACUAGCUGACCCUCCUCAGAAUUUAAUUGCUCAAAGUCAAAGUGGGACUGGAAAGACAGCUGCUUUUGUCUUGGCAAUGCUAACCAGAGUGGAUGCAUCUAAGCCUUACCCUCAAAUACUUUGCCUCUCUCCUACAUUUGAUCUAGCACAGCAGACUGGCAAGGUCCUGCAGCAAAUGGCACAAUAUUUCCCUGAGAUUAAAAUGAAAUAUGCUGUUAGGGGAUCAAGAGUUUUUCAACAUCGUUUGUCUAACGAGAAAGUCACUGAGCACAUUCUCAUUGGUACUGCUGGUACUACACUUGAUUGGGCCGUCAAGUAUCGUGUUUUUGAUCCUAAACUGAUCAACAUGUUUGUACUGGAUGAAGGAGAUGUCAUGAUUGACACUCAAGGACAGCAGGACCAGACCAUUAGACUACACAGAUUAUUGAGGACUGAUUGUCAAAAUGUCUUGUUCAGUGCAACAUACAGUGAGGAGGUGAUGUCCUUUGCCAAUAAAAUAAUAUCCGAUCCUAAUAUUAUUCGUUUGAGGCGUUCAGAGGAAAGUCUUGAUAAUAUAAAGCAGUAUUAUGUUUGGUGCACAGCUGGCGAUGAAGGGAAAUACACUGCCUUGACGAACAUUUAUGGCGUCCUAACUAUUGGCCAAUGUAUUGUAUUCUGUCGUACAAGAAAAUCAGCUAUUUGGCUUGCAGGUAAAAUGAACAAAGAUGGACAUGCUGUAGCUCUUUUGACUGGCCAGUCAAAUGUUGAACAAAGGAUUGCUGUGUUGAACAGAUUUAGAGAAGGAAGUGAAAGACUACUGAUAACAACCAAUCUCUGUGCUAGAGGAAUCGAUAUUGACCAAGUAACACUGGUAGUCAAUUAUGAUAUUCCAGUGGAUGUUAAUCAUGAACCGGACUGCGAGACAUACCUACACAGGAUUGGCAGGUCUGGGAGAUUUGGAAAAUCUGGUCUCGCCAUCAAUUUUGUUGACAGUCAGAAAGCCUACGAUAAUUUGAUGAGCAUACAGAAUCACUUCAAGAGAGUUAUCAGUGAGCUUGAUACUGAUGACCCUGAUGAGAUUGAGAAGUUACAAAAUUAAUGACUUUAAA